AUGAAGCCUAACUGGCCCUGCCUGGCUGCAGCCCUUUCUAAGCCAGCACCAAGCCGCCAGCUGUGGCCAUCGCCCCCUUGCCCGGCCUGCCGCUCUCCACCGCGGGCGCCCAGCGCUGCCUGCCUGCCUGCCCGCCAACCUCUGAGCAAGCGCUGCAAUGCUUGCAGUCCCACGGAGGGAGGGCUCGGCCUGCUCGGGAGAGGCGCCCCAGGCCCGCGUAUGCCCCACGGGGAGGGGGCCGAGAGACAGAGACAGGGGGGGGCACCGGGGGGGCGCCUGGGAGGACCAGCCUGCCUUCCGGGAGGCGCAGCUCAGCGCACUGCUUGCCCCCCCCCCUGCUUGGCCCCCAACCGCUGCACGAGCCUUGAGCCCCCCCCCCGGCACCUGCAGGACCCCUCUCGGCCCAGCAGAGCGGAUCUCCCGGGCGGAACCACCGGCGAGGCGACCCGGCCCCGCCUCCGGCCUCCAGCCCCAAGCAAGGCCUGCAGGAGAGGCCAGGCCAGCCCCCCACCCCCGCGGAGAGCCCCGUCCCCUCGCCGGGAGUUCCGCAGGCGGCGGCGGCCUAGGUGGCCUUCGCUUCCAAGCCCAGCUCCGGCCGGCCGGGCGGGCAGCGGGCGGCGGGGCUCUCCGGCGCGGAUCAGAAGGCGGCCCCGCUUCGCUGCCCGCGGACAGCAAGAGAGGGCCGGGGGGGGGGGGCGAGACGGCGGCGCGACCCCGGCCCGCCCCGCGGGCCCGAGCCAGCCCGGCCGAGGGGGCUCCGCGCAGGAUCCGCCGGCCGAGCAGAGGCCCCGGCAGCUCCGCCCGAGCCCCGAAGCCGCCGCCGCCGCCCCGCUCGCCCCCCCCCCGCCGGGACUACAACUCCCACAAGGCCCCCCGGCAGCCACCCCGCCGGCCGCCCAGGCGCCCCCACCGCCUCCGGGGUGGGAAGGGGGGGCAGCGGCGGCGGAGCCGGAACAAGAGCAGGGGCCCCCUCGCGCCCCCCCCCUCGGCGGAAUGGAAGCGCCCAACGGCCGCCCGGCCACGCCGCACUCACCUGGCGCGCGGCAGCGGGAGGAGCGGGGAGCCGGGUGCGCGCGCAGGUCGCGCCGGGAGGAGCCGCGCUGGCGGAGGCGGGGCCAGAGGGGAGCGGAGGGGAGGGGCCUGGCGGGCCGGAGCCCGCUCCUCCCCACCCCCGCCCUCUGGCCAUGUGCAGAGCGCGACGAGCCGCGGGCGGUCCCGGAGCCGCUGCUAGCCGAGAGCCCCGGCCGGACCGGCGACGCAGGCGCUCCCCGGCUGGCGGGGCUGUGUGCAGCCGCGCCCCGGCCCAGGCCGUUCGCAGUCCGCCGCGAGUCUCGGCGAGAAAGGCGGGGCAUCGAGGAGACGGAGGAAAGAGCCCGGCGGGUGCGCCUCCGGGCUGCUGGGACGGGCCCGAACCCGCCUCCGGAGCCAGGCCCGGGGCAAAGCAGCCCGCAGGCGCCGGGCGAGCGGCAGCCCCAGACUCGCCGCAGCUGGCCGGGGCUCGGCAGGCGCCCGGAGGGCCGGAGCAGCAGCAGAGGAGCCGGUGGCGCCGGGCACGGCAGCCCCGGACGGGAAGAAGGGAGGGAAGGAGGAACCGGCCGGGCCCGGAGAGGCGAGAGCCGUGAGCCGUCCUGCAGGGCUCGGGUGCCGGGCGCCCCUUUGCCUGCCUCCUGCCCCCCGUGCGUGCUGGCCGAGGCAGGCAGUGGUCCAGGGCGCGCUCCCGCCCCCUUCCCCUGCGACUUUCCGUGCUGGGCAGUGAGCGCGGAAGGGCCGCCGCGCCAGAGAGGCUCAUGUCGCGCCCCGCGCCCAUUAACUUACUUUGAAGUUUAA